AUGGUCAAACUGCUUCCACCAAAGGGGACAAGGGACUCCUUUUCCAAAACAGCCGGGUCCUCGGCGCGAAAGGCUACCGGUAUCCGUGGGAUGGCCCAACCUGCUCGGAUGGUUUUACUAGCUGUCUUCUCAGCACUUGCCACAACCCAGCUGCUGCCAAGAGAUUGUGCGUUUUUGCCAUUUGAGUUGUCAGAUCACCCGUUUCGCAGAAGAAGCCUUGCAAACAAUGAUCAGAGUGCACCUUCAAGUCAGAAUGGUGAUGAUUUCAAAUUGGCAUCCUACCAAAGCUAUGGAUUCUUUGAUGACAUCCCAUCUAAGGAUUGGAAGCUGUACCAACAACGCUUUCAAACUCACAAAGACCAUGUUGAUGACAGCAGGCCAAAUCCCAGCUUAAGAGCACUGCCAGCAAUCUUCUACAUGAAUAACUAUGAUCCUGUCUUUACAUGUCCACACCCUAGGCGGUUGGGCGGGGUUGGUGAUGGGCCAAAGUGGACUUGUGAUCCGAAUCGACUGGAACGAGUGGCCAGGGAAAGACAAGAGAAAACUCAAAAUGGGGCACAAUCAGGUGAUAGCCAACAACAGACAAACUGCCUGAUCUAUUCCAUUGGGUCUGCCGGGAAGUACGAGUGGGAAGUAGCCCUGGCAAGGUUCUUUAUGAAAGAAGGACAAGAAACUCUUCAAACUACUUGUGAAAUCCAUGUUUUUGAUUACAGCAAAGACUACACCAUACCAGGCCAUGCCGAAGUCCUCAACAUUCACUUUCAUCAGUGGGGGUUGAAGAGCAGCUAUGAUGACAGUCUGCCCAAAGCAUUCAAAAUGAGAGAACCUGCCUUACGACGCCUCUUUACACUUCCUGAAAUGAUGGCGAAGUUGGGUCACACUCACCAUACCAUUGAUAUUCUGAAGGUUGAUUGUGAAUUCUGUGAAUGGUUCACCUACAGGGAUUGGUUGAAACCUGAUUUGAACAUUCGACAACUGCUCAUUGAAACACACAACCUUCCAACAUCAUUGCCCGACCCUCAGCAGAACAAAGGUGGACGAUUCUUUCCUGUUUCAACUGAUGUUGCGCCGUCUCAGUUCUUUGAUGACAUCGAAAACGCAGGCUUUGCAAUGUACAGUAAGGAGCCAAACAUUCAUCCACAAGCGCAGGGAAAUGGGGUUGAGUUUGCCUACGUAAAGCUACACCCAGAUUUCUUUGAGGCUAAAGGGGGCAAUCAUUAA